AUGGCACGUUUUAUCAAUAUCGGUUGUGUUUAUUUAAAACAGCGGUUCUUUUUGAUAUCAUGGAUCUCAUUAGUUAUUUAUCUGUUUUACAACACUUUUAUUUAUUAUUACAACAGUCGACAAUUUUACUACUUAAGACGAAUAUUAGGGGUCGGCUUAUGCUUGUCUCGGGGUACGGCAACUGUACUAAAUGUUUGUUGCGCAAUUAUUUUGCUGCCUCUAUGUAAAAAGUUGAAUCAGAAAUUAUAUCGCCUCUUUUCUAAACUAUGCCCGGGCCUAUUUUUCCUUUGGUUGGAGAAGGCGAAGAGUUUUCACAUGACAGUUGGCAUUACGUUGGUCAUCUUUGGCGUGACACACUCCGUAUCACAUUUUGUUAAUCUGUGGAAUUUUUCGCGCAACUUCGAUGAGGAGCGGAUCGAAAUUAAUUUAGCUAGAUACAAGAAUGAGAAUCCCUUAAAUCUCUUGAUGAGUCUAGCAGGCGUAACUGGGUUGUCGAUGUUACUUAUAAUCAUAAGUAUGGGAGUGACGUCAACACGAGUGGUGCGCAGGAGACUGUACAACGCGUUCUGGUACACGCACCAUCUAUAUCUUCCGUUUAUGGCUCUCCUGAUGAUACAUCCGAUAAGUGGAGUACUGAAAGAAGAGAUUCUAGACUCUAGUAUUGGUACUAGUCAAAUGUAUGAGAAUAAUGAAACAAUAUAUCAUGUUCCUCAGUUUCGCGCUAUCAAACCAAAGACUUGGCUGUGGAUGGCUUUGCCAUUAACUUGUUUUUUUUUGGACUUAUUUUGGAGGAUUUUCACAAGAAAUUUGUCAAAAGUGGAUAUAGUCAAAGUACGACACAUGCCCGGCAGAACCAUAAGCUUAUCGCUUCGAUGUUUCGAGAACUUCUCCUGUCGUAUCGGGCAAUACGUUCUGGUACAAUGCGCAAAUGUGUCUAUGAUUGAGUGGCAUCCAUUCACCGUUGUCAAGAUUCCGGGCACUGAAAAAGUGUUUGAGCUGUGGAUCAAGGUGAAGGGGGAUUGGACAGAAGCCUUAGAAAAGGUGCUGUUGGAGCAAGAACAUGACAAAAUUAGUGUGCUUAUAGACGGACCCUUUUCAAGUCCCAUGGAAGGAGUGUGUAAGAGCGAGAUAGCUAUAUGUGUCGCGGCUGGUGUUGGCAUUACCCCAUUUAUUGCUAUGUUGGAUAAUCUGUGCAGAAAUCCACGAAGCCGUAAUCCAGGAAGAAUUCAUUUAAUAUGGAUAGUCCGAACUGAACGAGAAAUUUCUAAACUCGUAGAACUUGCAAAUAAAUGUAUCAGCGAGUUGCGAAACGCAAAUCGUCCAGAUAGACUCCACUUAGAAUUAUACGUUACACAUUCUAAACCAAUUACAACACAUACAAUACAAAUAAACAAAAAAGGAGACUUGACCCACAUUUUGAAAAGAGAUAAGUUGAGUGAAGAAGAGAAAUCUCUUCUGACUCCAAAAUAUAAAAGACACACGCUUAUAGAUGUGAAAGUUCAUAAGGAUUUUGUUACGAAACCUAAAAAUGACGAAGAUGCUCUUUUGACGAAAGUUAAAAGGAAUAAAAUUGAUAUUAAAAUGAGUAAUGGAGAAAUAAAUAUCAAAAUUGAAGGAAAGCGAGAUUUGAUUAAGGAUUAUCCACUCGUUGCUUGUAGGAUUAGACGGGGGAGGCCGUAUUGGGAUCGAGUUUUUGGAUAUUGGGUACAUUUGUAUCCAGGACACCAUCUCAACCUAUUCUGCUGUGGACCAAAGAAUUUAGUUAAUUUAUUAAGAAAUAAAUGUAAGAACACUUCCUUGAACACGAAGACAAAGCUCACGUUUAUUCAUGAAGCUUUUUCUUAA